GAAAUAGAGGAUGCUAACAUCUAUUCUCUUGACAGAUUAGUGGGCAGUUAAAAUCCUUGCAAAUUGUUGCAAGCUUGACGGCAGAAAGAAAUGGUGAAAUUAGAAAAGCUGCUUUGAAUACUCUUGCCACUGGAUAUAAGAUUCUUGGUGAGGAUAUAUGGAGGUAUGUUGGGAAGCUAACAGAUGCUCGGAAAAGCAUGCUGGAUGAUAGGUUUAAAUGGAAGGUUCGAGAGAUGGAAAAAUGGAAGGAAGGGAAGCCUGGCGAAGCCAGAGCUACUUUGAGACGUUCUGUGAGGGAAAUUGGAUUGGAUGUAGCAGAGCAAGGUGGAGAGGUUACACGAUCUGUCUCUGGCCCAGUACUUCCAAGGAAAAACUAUGGGAAUGCUGACAUACAUGUGGAGAGACAACUUAUGCCCCGUGUUCUUGCUGGUACCAAUGGCCCCACUGAUUGGAAUGAAGCUUUGGAUAUUAUUUCUUUUGGUUCUCCUGAGCAGUCUGUUGAAGGAAUGAAAGUCGUGUGUCAUGAGCUGACACAAGCCACUAAUGAUCCAGAAGGCAGUGCAAUGGAUGAACUUAUUAAAGAUGCAGACAGACUUGUUUCAUGCCUUGCAAACAAGGUUUCCAAGACCUUUGAUUUCAGCUUGACAGGAGCAUCAUCUAGAUCUUGUAAAUAUGUUCUCAACACCCUCAUGCAGACAUUUCAAAACAAGAGACUGGCUUAUGCUGUCAAGGAAAGCACUCUUGAUAGUCUAAUUACUGUGCUCCUUCUAUGGUUGUUGGAUGAGAGAGUUCCACAUAUGGAUGAUGGCAGCCAGCUUUUAAAAGCUUUGAAUGUUCUGAUGCUAAAGAUUCUGGAUAAUGCAGAUCAAACUUCAUCCUUUGUUGUUCUCAUCAAUCUCUUACGUCCAUUAGAUCCUUCAAGGUGGCCCUCACCUGCAUCAAAUGAGACAUUUGCUGUCAGAAAUCAGAAGUUCUCUGAUCUGGUUGUUAAAUGUUUGAUAAAACUUACAAAGGUUCUUCAAAGCACUAUUUAUGAAGUCGACCUUGACCGCAUCCUUCAAAGCAUCCAUUUGUAUCUGCAAGACUUGGGGAUGGAAGAAAUUAGAAGACGUGCUGGUGCUGAUGACAAGCCAUUGCGCAUGGUGAAACUGUUCUACAUGAACUAGUGAAGCUUCGAGGAGCUGCUAUUAAAGGUCACCUUUCAAUGGUUCCUAUUGAUAUGAAGCCUCAACCAAUAAUUCUUGCUUACAUUGAUCUUAAUCUAGAGAAAGCUAUAAAAACUGUCCAACCUGCUACUAGAAGAGAAGGGUUUUAUGCCAUUCCUAAUGUAAAAUUGGAAGAUGUAGGUGGACUUGAUCUUAUAAGGAAGGAACUUGAUCGAUUCAUAAUUAGGCAUUUCAAAUACCACGAGAAAUUUAAGUGUGUUUGUGACUGGGAUGAUCAUGAAAAUAAGUUUAUUGAAGUUGAAGGAAUUCUGAGAAGACAGAUAAAGGUAAAGUGUUG